CAUCGACAACGAAACCACCCAAACCUCCCUCCCUGGACUCAAUCCCCCAAAAUGGCCAAGAAAGCCAAGUCCCGUACUAUUUCCGUGCGCCUGAUUUCCAUGGCCAUGACAGGUUAUUUCCGCACGAUGAUCAGACCCCGUACCCAUCGGCCACUCAGCAUGCUCAAGUACGACCCUGUGGUGAAGAAGAAGGUGCUGUUUUUGGAGGCUACGAAGGGAGGUCGGAAUCGGUGAUUGCAUUACAAAUUUACAAACCUAUCGACGUACCUGGGCGCCGUUCUCUUUUUAUUUGUUGCGAUAUCGUUCGCGCGUGGCAUAUCGGAGGAGGAGCGGAUGGGACGGGACGAUACCUAUCCUACGGUUUCGACAUCGCGAGAUACCGUCGACUUGAUUUUGAAUGCACCCCGGCGCGACGGGAUUAUUUUAUCGAUAUGAAACGAUCAUGUACAUUAGAGGGUGCAUUGGCCCGGAUGCUUGUGGAGGCUGCCUUUUAGGUUGGUCUCUGAUGGAGGUCUGGGCUGUGUAUCUAUUUUGGGGUUGUAUUUUGGCGUUUAGAGCAGUACAAUUGGGUUGAAUCAAUCUUUGUUAUAUUAUACAUCUGUGGUUUGGGGUAGUAUGGUGGUGGGAAUCGGGACUGACAUAGUGGAUAGCAUGACUUUGCACAUUUUUCAACGAU